GAUCAUCUCACAUUCCUUAUUCACAACCCCAUACGUUAGAGAAUAGAGAGAAAGGGAGAAGGGCACCAGAAGAAGGAGAGCAAAACGACCAUGGCAAUAUUCAAAACGUCUGAGCUUGACUUAUACGAUCAUAGCGCAUCUGUAACGUCGAAUGGGGCAUGGAGCAGUCGCGUACACAGAGUUCAGCUGAAUGACGUUACACCUGGUUUGAGGACAAAAUGAGGGUCAUCUUCAUCCAGAACGCCGGUUUCGUCGCUGCUUUCUCGGGAGGCAAUGACGCUGAAGGUUUCGCCUGUUAGUUGUGAGUUAACGAUGUUGGCAGCAUUUUUACGGUAGAUUAUGUGAACGGCCCAGAAUAAAGGAAAGACUAAAAGAUAAUGCCAAUAGCCUACUACACGGAUAACGAAAAUAGAAUAGCCCGAUAUUUUAUUAAAAUUAAUAUUUUUUUUCUUUCUGAAUUGCUCGAUUUUGAGCAACAUUGUUCAUAUCAGAGAAGACAUAAAAUCGAAAGUAGAUUUAGCUUCCGACAUGCAUUCGUCUUUUGAAUUCUGAAUACAUAUUUAGAGCACUGUAGGCCACAGCCUGGAGGCUACCUUUAUAGUUAGACAUAUAUAAUAUGCAUUGCAUUAUGUAUCAGGCGCGUAAAGACAGGUGAUAUCUUCUUUAUAAUCUUGCUUUUUUAUUUAAUCGUAUAAUAAUGACGCCCUUUUAUAAGGCGACAAAUAGAUGACUAGAUGUGGAGAUAAUUCUUUGAUCACCAAAUAAUGAACUAAGGGAGUAAUCAUUAGACAAGCGGAAUAAUUAAUAUAAUAUUUACGCAUUAUUCCUUGUAAUUUAUUUUAUUUAUUACCAGUAUUAUUUGGCCUAUAAUAAGUAUUACUAUAAUAUAACUAUUUCUUUAACAAAUAGCUUAGUUUAAGAUAAUUUACUGUGGGAGGUUAGUUUGAAUAUCUCCCUAGAGAUGGAAACACCUUGUCUCUCUGCCCACCGAGGGCUGACCCGUCCUGAGGCCAAACAUACCUCAGCGGGUAAACCACAUGGGACUGACCUGUCCCCUUCAUCACUACCUGCUAGUCUUCCGAUGGCAGAGACACCUUCCCCUGGCGACGACAGCAGGAGACAUUCAGGCUUCAAGAAACACCAUCACAAACAUAACCUGAAACACCGAUACGAAUUGCUCGAGACCCUCGGAAGAGGGACCUAUGGCAAAGUCAAGAAGGCAAUUGAACGACACUCCGGGAGAGAGGUGGCUAUCAAGUCCAUUCGGAAGGAGAAGAUCAAGGAUGAGCAGGACAUGGUUCACAUCCGCAGGGAAAUUGAAAUCAUGUCAUCCCUAAAACACCCCCACAUCAUCUCAAUUUAUGAAGUGUUCGAAAACAAGGACAAGAUCGUGAUUGUCAUGGAGUACGCCAGCAAGGGCGAGCUGUAUGACUACAUAAGUGAGCGCCGACGCCUGAGUGAGAGAGAGACGCGACACUUCUUUAGACAGAUAGUCUCCGCUGUGCACCACUGUCACAAGAAUGGGGUGGUGCACAGGGAUCUGAAACUGGAAAAUGUGCUACUGGAUGAAAACUGUAACAUUAAGAUUGCUGACUUCGGGCUGUCCAACCUCUACCACAAGGACAAACUGCUGCAGACAUUCUGCGGCAGCCCACUCUACGCAUCACCGGAGAUAGUCAACGGAAGACCCUACCGCGGCCCAGAGGUGGACAGCUGGGCUCUGGGGGUGCUGCUGUAUACCCUGGUCUAUGGGACCAUGCCCUUUGAUGGAGGAGACCACAAGAACCUUAUCCGUCAGAUCAGCAAUGGGGAGUACAGAGAGCCCUCCCAGUCCUCAGAUGCCCGUGGUCUAAUCCGCUGGAUGUUAAUGGUGAACCCGGAGCGGCGGGCCACAGUCGAAGACAUUGCCAACCACUGGUGGGUCAACUGGGGCUGGAAAAACAGCGUUUGUGACUGCGAGACCCAGCGAGAAAGCGGCACCUCCUCUCCUAUGCUAGCCCGCUUCAUCGACUGGCAGAACCGUACUGAGCCCAGACCGGGAAAACCCAGCGCACUCCUGCCCCUGGUCCUUCGCCAGCGCCCCAAAAAGUCCAAGAAGGAUAUUGAGGUGGGAGACGGGCCUCACGGUGGGGGAGAGGGGGACAAGCCUGGACUGAAGAGGCCCAAAGGGAUUCUGAAGACUAGGGUAAUGGAGGAACGUUGCUCCCCGAGCCUGGAGGAGGUGGAGCUGGGGAGCAGUGGAGGGAUGAUGGAGCUCAGGUCAACUGAGGGAGAACCAGGCUGCUCCAGCCCCGACAGAGAGGAGGAAGAGGAUGAGCCUACCCUGGCAGGGGGCUCACCAGCCAAAAUGGUGCCCACCCUUCCCAAGAAGGGCAUCCUGAAGAACAACCAACAACGGGAAUCCGGGUACUAUUCCUCCCCGGAGCGCAGUGAGUCCUCCGAGUUGCUAGGGGGCGGCGCCAUGUCCUUGGUCACCGCCUGCCGCUCCCCUCCCAGGAGAGUCGUGGGAAGGAAAGGCAUCUUGAAGCGCAACGGGAAGUAUUCUACCUACAGCAGUCCUCCCUCAGCCUGUGCUCUCGGGGAGCCCUCGUCAGGGGGUGACUCGGGUCUGUCCCGCAGCCAAAGCCGCCCGUCCAGCAUGGUGUUGGAGGACGGCGUCCUAUCCCCUAGCCUGUCUCCGGACUGGCCACCCAUCGCCCCUCACCGGCCCAACAUCAGGGCCUGCGUGUCAGCCGAAAACCUACUGCAGCUGGCCAGUUUCAAGGGCUUCCAGGCGGCCCCUCCGCUCCACGGGUCAACGUUCAGUCGGACCCCUAGGGCACGGGGGUCCCCGGGGGACAAUGGCAGCUUCUCCUUGCUGGGAGAUCUGGACGACAUGACUCAGGUGUACCAGCAAGCCCUGGACAUCAGCAGUAACCUCACCUAGCCAAGGACGGCCCAUCAAGGAAGAGAGGAGGCAGCCAAGUGGCCAGGCUGAGUGUAGAACAUCUGUCUCUGUUGGUGUGUGUGUGUGUGUGUGUGUGUAUGUAUGUAUGUGUGUGUGUGUACAUGUAUGUGUAUGUCACUGACGACCAGUGACCAAUGUGUUGCUGGGAUAGCCAACCUACACCUUUUGGGAGGUUAUAGUUUUCUAACUGGGAAUCAGUUCCUUUUUAGAAACUAUGUCAUACACACAUACAUACAAUACAUGCGCUAUUAUGCACUUCUCAGGCCAAAGGAAAUUCAGUUAGCAGGGUUUUCUAACGAUGCGAGUGGAGAGAGAAACAACUGGCCCCCCAGCCCGCCUCCACCAUCCGCCAAAUAUACUUUGCUGUGUUCUAAUGUUUACAUGUUCAGCAAAAGGCAAGUUAGAAUCACAAACGCAGCAACCAGAAACUGGUUGCCACUCGAAGUGAACCAUGAAUUGAGUUUGAGUUUACAAAAGCACCUUAAAACUCACACCGAGCACAUGUUUUUGUGAUCUUUUACUUCCUGUAAAAAACAGGGUGUUGCUCCAAAGUAACUGACAAUGUAAAUUAUUUAUUAAUAUUUUCCUAGAUUUUAGUCGAAUACAAAACUGGUGGGUUCUGGCAGUACUGGAAGAGUCCAAAGCUCAAUAUCUCCAACUCUUUGCGUGGAACUGACAUAUAUAAUUAUUGUUACCCAAUUAAGUGAAAUAUGUGUACAUGAUAUAUUAAUAUGGCCUGAUAUGUAAAACAAGAGGCUGUGUAUAUCACCAUGAAACUGUAUGACAUGGUAUUAGGGAAUAUGUAAGGGCUUUUUAGAUCCAUAUGAAAUUAUGUAUGUCAUUUCCUGAAAGUGGAAAGAGAUGGAUGCCAGACGACCUGUCACCAGUUGUGCUGUUUUGAUUUGUAUACAUGUGAAUGUGGUGAGAGAGACCCAGGACCUUAACAGAACACACAGUGACCUAUAGCUUUAAAGAAACACAGGUCAGAGGUCGCACAGACCCUAAACCAACAUUUGAGAUGAAACAGUCCCGUCUCUGUCUGAAACAAAAAAACACUGUCAGGAGCAAUAAGCCCAGAGAGACGAGAGUCUUAAACAUACCCUUUUAUGCAGGGCUUUGUUGUUUUUUUGUUCCCCCAUAGUUUGAUGUGUCAGCAGUUUGGUGAUUUGGUUGAACACAAAGCGUGGCCAGAACAGCUGCCCAGGCCUGGAGCUGCUCACCUUAGUGAAGGUAGAUGGCCCAGACGCCCUCUCACAGCCCCGGAAUGUUCCUGGCAAAUAAACAGCCACGUCUGUGGUUGUUAACUCUGUAGUGCCAAGUUGCUUUGAGUCUUUAAACCUCAAUUCUCUGCAGAGUUUUACCACCUCAAAAUGGCAGGGAGAAACCUACAAGAUGUGUGUGCCCGAUGGACUACAAGUCAUGUGUCUCAGGCUGUUUUCUGCGGAUACUGUUAAAUUGCUAUAGCCUAGUUCAUUUCUGCCCUCCAACUCCACUAAGGGCUUAGUGGGAGGAUUUCUUUCAUUGCUCUGAUGAUGCAGCACAUUCCGCAGACAAUGGCUGAGGACAUGUUGGUGCGAGAGAUGUUAUCAGCACCUGGCUGGUUAGUUCUGGGGUGUGGACUGCUGGGCCACCAGCUGUGUGUACAAGCCAUUAUAUCAACUGAAGACAAUUAGUCAGCUAUUGUUUUUUAUUAGAGAGAGAGAGAAAGUCAAGGUUGAGUGAAAGAGAGAGGUUGUGUGUAGUAGAGGUUUUGGAAGGAAACAAGGUUUGGAGUGCAGGAGAUGUUAUGGAGGAUGGUGAGAGAGCAGAGAGCUUUCUUGUUGGAAAGAGUGGAAAAGCUGAGUUGAAGGAAACAGUGACGUAGACCAGGGAAAGUAACAGGGAAAGUAGAAUGAAAUAAUGGGAUUGCUUUUAACCAAAGAUAUUGUAGUUUCAUGGAUGCAGAAGAUGGACUGGGUACUGAAUAUGUCCCUUGAAUUUAUAUAAUGAAUGGGAAACCCGUCUCAAAAAUAAGGGCUUUUGUUUGGCUCCUAAUUGUGUGUGAAUUGAUUGUUUUAGACCAAGCUGUUGAAGCAACAUCAGUCAUGGGCUGAGGCUUCAGGGUGUGUUCAGAAUGGCCUUAGUGUGCAACACAUUUUAACCUGGGAUGACGAGGGAGAUCUGGGACGGAGAUAUCAAAUAGCAUCGUAAAAUGGUUUUAGAAAACUACAGCAUCCCCUAGCAAACAAAGUAAACAUGUUAAAUGUUUUCAAAGGUCCUGGGUAUUGAUCAAAACAACAAACCCAUUACGUAUUAUAUUGCAUUUUAUUGCCUUUUGUAUUGCCUUUUAUUGUCAACUGGAUUUACAGUGAUACAAUUAUACUAUGUUAGUAUUUUGUUUAUUACGCUUCUGUUUUUGAUUCUCCAAAAUAUAGAAACUUUAUAUUGCUUUAUGUUAUGGCAGAAAGUAUUUCUUCCCUGAGUUUGGUUCUAAGAGAUGAGAGGUCUGAUCUGAAGUCAGUGGAAUCUGAGUGCUUCCUCUGGUUUGGUACACCUGAGGAGUCAGAGCAACUGACCUAGGUUCAGCCAUGGUGCAGUCAGAUAGUUUGUCCCUGUGAACUGAUUAAUACAGCCUAGUGAACCUCAGAGGUCAUGGCCUUGAUUUUAAACCAGACCCCUUUCAAAGAAAGAGAUGCCAAUUGACACAAUCCAAAGGGAAGAUCCUUGGCUUUUCAUUAUGAGACAUCUUUCUCUAAAAUACUGACACAUCAGCAACACAGGGAUAAACUCCUGGUUUGACCGUAGAAGUCGUAGUCUGAGUCCAUCACUACCAAAAAGGGGAUGUCCUAAACUAAGGAAUGACAUCAGGAGAAAACAAUGGAAAGAAUCUGAUUAAUCUCUCAAUCUGCCAAACUGGAAAUAACUGAUGCAUAUCCGUUAGUUAGUAGCAGAAACUCUGAUCAUAGGAAAACUUGACUGGAUAUUGUUAUUAAGACAAUAAUAAUAAUAAUAAUAGUAUUAUUGUUAUUUAAUUAUUAUUUUGUUAUGGCUCAUUAUUUCAUUGGCUAUUGCCAAGGUUAUGAUUUUUUUGGUAUCAACUGGUGAACAUGGACUGCCAAGGUAGUUUAAGUGGAGUGCCUUUGCUAUCUUUUAUGAUCAAUAAAAUUAAAAUGUUUGUGAUAAUGAGAAUAAUUAUCAAGUGUUUGUUUUUUUAUUCUUGUAUUUAUUGGUGAAUAAGCCAUUUAAUUUGACGUAUAAAGCCACUCUGUCCAUGCUUUGGCCUGCUUGGGACUUUGUUAAUGACAUACCGUAAAUGGAGGAAUCGUUCUUAGGAAUAUGGGUGGGAAUGAUGUGUCAUUUCAUUGUGAAAGCAUAGGUCAAGUGUGUGUUUGGGAAGUACAAAACUAUCAAAUUUCAUCAUAUAUGACAAAGUCUUAAGACAUUUUCUGGGAAGGAACCCACAUUUCAUAUGUCCUCUACAAACCAUGCUACUGUACUCCUGGAACAAUUUAAAUAAAUGGAUCAUGUCAAAUA